ACUUCAUCCUCCACUCAUUGUAUUACAAAACCUCCACUCCAUAUUAAAGCCACAAUGACUUCAUCUACAGCCGUUACUUUGGUCUCCAAAUGCACUAUUUUACCAUCCGAACAAUCAUCUCUUUCUGAUCUAAAACUCUCUGUUUCCGAUCUUCCUAUGCUCUCCGUUCACUACAUACAAAAAGGUUGUCUAUUUACUCGUCCUCCAUUUCCUAUCACUCACCUCAUUUCCCUUCUCAAGCUCAGUCUUUCUCAGACACUCACUCACUUCCCUCCACUGGCCGGUCGAUUUGUGACCGACUCAGAUGGCUACGUCUAUAUUUCUUGCAGUGAUGCUGGCGUUGAUUUUGUUCAAGCUUCAGCCACUAAUAUUUUCAUUCGCGAUGUCAUUGGCUCCAUUGAUGUUCCUGAUCAUGUCAAGGAGUUUUUCCCUAUGGACCACACGGUUAGCUAUAGAGGCCAUUUUAGCCCUUUUCUUGCUGUCCAAGUGACAGAAUUAGCUGAUGGUGUAUUCAUUGGAUGCGCUGUCAAUCAUUCCGUCAUGGAUGGGACGUCGUUCUGGAACUUUUUCAAUGCAUUUGCUGAGGUGAGCAGGGGUGUGAAAAGGAUUGUAAGGCAGCCCGAUUUUACCCGAAAUUCAAUAUUGAAUUCAAAUGCCGUGCCAAAACUCCCUGCUGAUGGCCCCAAAGUCACCUUUGCGGGUGACGCUCCAUUGAGAGAGAGGAUAUUUAGUUUUAGCAGGGAAUCAAUUCAAACACUCAAAGCGAAGACGAAUUAUGAUGGAGAAAUCAACGUUGUUGAAUUGAUGGCAAAAUGGAGCAUUGAUCCAACGGCUGAGAUUUCAUCAUUCCAGUCGCUUUGCGCAUUGCUGUGGCGUGCAGUGACACGUGCAAGGAAGUUUCCAUCUUCCAAGAUGACGAUAUUCAGAACGGCUGUAAAUUGCCGUAACCGUCUCCAGCCGAAGCUAAAUCCGUUGUACUUCGGCAACGCAAUUCAAAGCAUUCCAACUUACGCGUCAGCGGGGGAAGUAUUAUCUCACGAUCAACACUGGUGCGCGGAGCAAUUGAACACAAACGUGAAGGCGCACAAUGAUGUUAUGGUGAGGAAGCUCAUAGAGGAUUGGGAGAAGGAUCCACAAAGUUUUCCAUUGGGGAAUUUCGAUGGAGCUAUGUUGACCAUGGGUAGCUCAGCAAGGUUUCCAAUGUACGAUAAUGAUUUUGGAUGGGGCAGGCCCAUUGCUGUUCGAAGCGGAAGGGCUAAUAAAUUUGAUGGGAAGAUAUCAGCAUUUCCCGGUCGAGAAGGAGGAGGAAGCGUGGAUUUGGAGGUGAUUUUGUCCCCCGAAACAAUGGAAUGCCUUGAAUCUGAUCCUGAAUUCAUGCAGUUUGUUACUGUCUAUUGAAUGCUGUAAAGUGGAGCUUUGUAUUAAAGAUGAUUUUCUCAUCUUUUUGAAUAACAUUUAUGGAUAAUCUAUUGUCAAUUGAAAUA